AUGUUCUCGUCACUUACAUCUUUCUCGCCCUUCGGUCGCGGCUUGGGUCGGAGCUCCACCUCUUCUGUCAAUGCAAUUGCCAUCCCUGCAGUCGAGGUGCACGAUGUGGAAACCUCGACGGACAAGCGAGGGCGGGCGCUCAAGCACCUGUUGAAACUCAACCAUGUCAACUUUUCGAUCCUGUUCAACCAGUUGAGGUUCCACAACCACACGCCUCAUAUCCUCGGCUCCGCGUAUCUCUUCUCGUCGUCCGCUGACCACUUACACGCCAUCUACGAAGACGCCGCGGCGAACGAGGGCCACGAACACUGGGUCGAUUCGCCCUCGGAGAUCGCCCCGCACGACUACCGCGACUAUCUGGGCAAACGCGAGUACCAGCGCGCGUUCGUCGACUUUUUUGAGGAUCAACUGGUGCUCGCCGGCUAUGACUGGAAACGCGUGGUCGAGAAAUUCCUCUUCGAGAGGGGAAACGCGAAAAAGGGUGAGCCGAAUGCCCAGCCGAUUUUCAACUGUUUGACCGCUGGUCUGGGUCAUCCGUUGAUCCAUCUCGGGUAUGCGUAUGAGCUGAAUAGUCGCGAGGUGGCGAUGGAGGCGCUAGGGCUGGCGGCGACGUGCUAUGAUGAGAAACUCGCAAUAUUGCUCGAGACGGCAACGUCGGCAUCGACAUCGGCCUCGCAAUCGGCCAACAAGCCACUGACUUACUCGACGAAUAAUCUGUUUGAGGUCUUUGCCCGCAUCCAUGGAGACAGUCGUCUCGAUGGGGUGUUCGAGCACCUCGGCGGGGACAACCUCACGCACUUGCUCAGCGAUCCCGCCCUGACGUCGAUCCUGCUCGAACACUUCCGCGCGUGGCAAAUCGUCGACCCGACCAAGGACUUUGCCCAGUCGCAGGCGCUGGCGACGGCGCUGCUCAUCGCCAGUGGGCCCAGCGUCGGCGGCCACGGGUGGGACUUUUUCCUCGUGCACCUGCUGACCACGUCGCACGCCGUUCGGAUCUUGAUCCCCUUCCUGCCAGAUUCCCAGCACCACGUGCCCCUGGUGAGGGAGUGGCUGCUGAUCAGCCUGGCAAUCUACAUCGCCCAGCUCCGCCCGCUUAUCAAGACCGAGUACAUCACGGAAUUUGACCUGCAGGGCCGCGACUGGGACAACUACGUCACCCGCCAGGCCGUCGAAGGCAAGUCCAAGUUCAGCGCGCACUUCGUCAAGGCGUGUCGCGCCAUGCGUGAGGCCGAACGGGUUUGGGGUGGCCACGCGGACGACGACAAGUACUACCUCAAGGCUGCGGUCAAGUUUGCUAGCGAGUUCGAUGACUGGGGCGGCUUUGGUGCCGAGGAGAUGAAUUGA